AUGAUGGGAUUGACACUGCUUUCCGCGAUUGUCACGAUUGUUAAAGCAACAUAUUUGAACCUAUUCACCGACCACACUGAUCCUCGUGGUGCCAUUGGUGCUUUGGUGACUCUUAGGAUUGAGCAAAACGUUGUCAUUGUAGCCGCUUGUAUCCCGACACUCCGCCCCUUAUUCCGCAAAGUAUUCAAGUCUACCACUGGCUCUUCUGGCGAAGUCACCUCACGAAGUGGAACGGGCUCCGGCUUCAAGCCCUCAUACAAUUCCAGACAACCUGGCUCUAAGCGGGCACUAUCCGCGACGGAAUUGCCCCUCCAGGAUAUAAAACAGCAAUAG